GGUGACCUGUGUGUGUCCCUGUGUUCCAGGCGGUGCCCCAGGUGUGAGCAGCAGUCCCAGCACUGCCGGGGCUUGCAGCAGAUAUCUGCAGAGGAGGGGAUUUGUGCUAUUUUUACCGACCACUUGCAGGCAGGGCUGGGAUUCAAUACCCCCCUCAGCUCCAGCCCCGGCAGAGCGUGGCUGUCCCAGGGCCAGGCGUCACCUCCCUCCGGCACUGCCAGGUAAGACACUGCCCCUGCCCUGUGCCCUCCUCCAGGGAACAGCGGACGCCGCGAUGCCAGAGCCAGAAAAUCCAAGAUCACAGCCUCACGCAAACUCUUGUUGAAGAGUUUGAUGCUGGCCAAAGCCAAGGAGGAGUGGGAUCAGGAGAUUGUGGACAAGCAGGCAGAGAAGGAGAGGUACCUGUCUGAGCGGGUCACUCCACUGCACACCAGUGGGCUCUCCUUGAGCCAGCUCCAGGACCUGUGCAGGGAGCUGCACGAGAAGGUGGAAAUUGUGGAUGAGGAGAGAUACGACAUUGAAGCGAAAUGCAACCAUAACACCCGGGAGAUUAAAGAUCUGAAAAUCAAAGUUCUUGAUCUCCGAGGGAAGUUCAAGCGCCCCCCCCUGCGCCGGGUUCGUGUCUCAGCCGAUGCCAUGCUCAGGGCCCUGCUGGGCUCCAAGCACAAGGUGUCCAUGGAUCUCAGGGCCAACCUGAAGUCUGUCAAGAAGGAGGACACGGAGAAGGAACGCCCUGUGGAAGUGGGCGACUGGCGCAAGAACGUGGAAGCCAUGUCGGGGAUGGAGGGCAGGAAGAAGAUGUUCGAUGCUGCCAAGUCCCCCACGGGGCAGUGAGAGGAGCACUGGGAAGAAGAAGAUCUCCAUCCCUGCUGCCAGCCUGCUCUCACUCCUGCUCUGUCCCUUUGUGCCCUUCCCUGAAUUCCCACUGAGCUGAAACACAAGGACAAUGGUGUGGGAAGGAGAUCUGAGCUUCCUCCUUCCAGCAGUGCCCUCAGCCCUGCUCCUGCUCCUGCUCCUGCUCCUGCUCCUGCUCCUGCUCCUGCUCCUGCUCCUGCACAGUGUGCCCCCUCUGUCAACCCAAGGGCCACUGGCCACCUAUCCCCUCCCAGCCCUGCAGAGAUGCCCCAGAGGCAGCUGCUGCUCCCCCAAGUCCCCUGCCUGGCAGCUCAACCCGAGAUGUGUCCCCCGAGAUGUCCCUGUGCAGCCACACGUGUAUUAAAGGACGUGUCCUGGGCUGAGGUUGCGUGGGCUUCUCACUGGGAGAGCUCAGCCCAGGGCAGGGCAGGUCACCCUGCAAUGGCACCUGGACACCACACUGGGGUCACACAGGCUUUGGGCUCAUCCCUUCCAGCCCCAGGUUGCUCCUCAUGUCCCACCAGCUCUGCUGAGCCCCCUGGCCCCAUUCAGAGCCACAUUGCUGGGCCUCAGGGCUGCAGCAGCUUCCCAGCCGCCAGGCUGGGUGAGUAGAGCUGCCUGUUCUCCAAGCCCCACUUCUCCUGUGGUUUUGGAAAAGCCUCCAGAGCUCCAGACACCAACUCCUUCACCAGCUGCCCACCACAAGCACUGGAGCUGUGGCAAUUGGAGCAGCCCCAUUUCAAGACUUAAUUCCAGAGAUGAAUCCAUAUUUCAGGCCAAACAACCCAUGCUUCCCCCUGCAGCCCAACCAUUUCCUGUGCCACAGCCCCUCAAACUGGUCAGUGAAAGCAGCUGGGAAUGUGUCAGCUCAUUCUGGAGCAGGGCUGGAGGAGUUAAUUAGUGAGAAUUCAGACUACAUGGGGUCUCCUGACUGGGGCACUGCAGGAGAUGCUCAGCCCACACACACAGAGCAGGCUCUUGGUAGCUGCAGCAGUGCCUUGUCUAUGUCCCCAGGGCAUCCAGAGCAAUUGCAGCAUCCACAGAUUCAAGGCCACACCACACUGGGGUGUUGCAGCACCCCCCAUCACUUUGGAGUGAGCCUGUAAAGUGCAGAAAUGCAAUAAACUGGGAGCAAAGGGCAGGUCCCAGACAGGGCUGGAAGGAAACUGCAUCAAAAAGUGUGUGGGCUCCAAGAGAGACCAACCUUCUCAGGAAAGCAGUGCAUUCCCUAAAGAAAGGGAUGGGAAAGGAUGGCCCCAUGCAGAUGGCUCCUGCAGGACUUCCCACAGCAGACUCAUGGCUGGGAGUGAAAGAGAGGCUUCAGCAGGUGGGUUUGAGCUUAUCUCCCAGACAGCUGAAUUCCUCUGGCAUCACAUCCCUUCCUUUGGCCAAUUCAGGGAUACUGAGCCAAGCUGCUCACUGUCCCUGGGCACAGAAGUGAGGGAGGAGACUGCUGGGGACACUUCUCUAGCCCGGCCACCAGCACUCAAGGCUGCCACAGCACCCUGCAGCUCCUUCAUGGAGGAUUCAAAACUCAUAUGCAAACUCUUCUCCAAAUCAAGAAUGGACCAGAGGAGGCUGCCACUGGAAAAUUUGCUCCCUUGGCUCAGUCUUUGGGAUGCUCAGUCCUUGUCCUUCCACCUGACCCUCCAUCCUCUCAGCAUCUUCCUGCAGGACUGGAGCAGUUGCAUGGCACACAGAGCCUUUCCCGCCCAUUUUUCAUCUUUUCAAGCUUAAUUUGGCCAAGCAGCUGCAGCCUAGCAGGAUGCCAGGAUUCCUUUGUCCUCAUUCCAGGCACUCCAGGACAGGUUCCAGGCAGGCCCAGCCCCGGGAAGUUUCUCUGUCUUGGCCAACAGCAGUGGCUAAGCUGGCAGAGGUGACUGAGAUGGUGCAAGGGAGACCCCAGGAGCUGCCAUGGCCCAGCCUGCCCCACACUGCAGGCAGGAGGUUUUGGUUAGCAGCUCAACCUCCCAAGCUCAGGGCCCAGCUGGGAGCAGUGCCGAGGCCUGAGAUCCUGGGAUCUCUCUGGGAAUCCCCAGAGGGAACUCAUGCAGGUCCUGGCAGAGGAAGAAAGAUGUGCAGAGAGUUAAUAACUGUGACCUGACCAACUGGUAGAGCUGGAAAAUGAAAGAGAGGUUUUGUGGAAACAAAGCCUUCUUCAGGCCUGGAACAGAAACAGAAAAUGGCACAGCAGGGGCUGAGAACAUAUCUCUGAACUUAGUACAAUUAUGCUAAUUUGGUAAUUAAAAAAAGGGGUAGAGUUUGUGGGGUGGGGAGGGAUGGAAGGGAGAUGAAAGGCCACAGGGGUGCUGGCUGCUGUUCACCAGGCCCUGGUCAAUGCUGGGCACUCAGGCUGUCCCUGUGUCUGUCCCCAUGCCUGUGCCCAUGCCUGUCCCUGUGCCCAGCCUGCCCUCAGAUUCUGCUCACCCAAAGCUGCUGCAGAGCCUAGGCGCUCCCCAGGGUGAUUCUGCAGUCCCAAAGGAGGUCAGGUGUGCUCAGCAAGGUCCCAGGGCCGACAUGCCCUUGUCAUGGGCUAUAGGUGGCUUCCUGGGGCCACCUUGUGUUUUAGAUUGAGUGGGGAAAGAAAAAGCCACCCCCAAAACUUUUCCCUCUACAAGACUCCCUACUCUUUCAAGGUAUAAUGCUCCCCAGUCACUGGGUCCCAUUUUCAUCCCUCUCGGGUGGAAAACCACACUGACUGCCACGGGAAAGCAAAGUUUUACAGAUUUCAGUUUUAUUAGGAACAUGGAAGAAGUGCGGGAAAAAAAAGUUCUUUUAGUGGGACUGAAUCUCCAGGGGAAGAUGCAACAGUCAGCUCUGAGAUCUCCUGGCUGGAUAAGGGACUGGGAUCCAAGUCUUCCUGUCCAUCUCUGCUCUGGAGCUGCUCCUGUGGCCCUGGACCAGCUGGGAUCCCAGCUCUCGCCAUGGCAAAGGCUGAGCCUUUCAUUUGGGAUGUACCUGGCUUCCCUCACCCCACAGCUCUGCAGUCCCAUGCUUGUUUCCCUCCCAAACUCAAACCUCACUUUCUGCUCACUGAAUUAGAAAGGAACCUUCCAGUACAUUUUUUUCUGAAAAUUCAGCCCCAAUUGAAGACUCACAAGGCUGUUCUCAGGGAGAGAGCCUGAUGCUGGAGGAGUCACUGGUGCCUCUUUCUAGAGGAACUGGAAGUCAGCCCUGUCUCCUUGAGCUGAGCAGAGCCCAGUCCCCAAUGUCCUGCAGUUUGCUCCACUGCAGCCCAGAUCCCUGGAAGAAAACAAAGCAAAGCACUAGAAUCUUAAAAUUACACAGAUUUCAAAUUAAAUUGGACAGUAGGAACAAAAAUAUCAAGGCAGUAUGGACUUCUGAAAACAUCCCUCCUUGCUGGUUGUAACACGGUCCCUUCCAAGUUACAGGGACUGUGUGACCUCCUUGCUGACCAGUCAUACUCAGGGACACCUGAACUGUGCCCAAAUAUUUCCCUGAAUAUAUGCAGCUCAGCUGGAGGCUGGAGGGGGUGAAGUUUAUUCCAUGGCCUCUGCUGGUGACUGCAGCAUCUUGCCCUGCACAGGGCUGGCCCAGGCCGCAGUGCCUGAGGUGAAGGUGAGACAUCACCCUGGGACCCCUGUGGGCUCUGGGUGCAGGAUCAGACCCAUGGCAGGGCCAUGGCACAACCCCCUGCCACCCCUGACUCAUCACGGCUGGUCCUCUGUGGCUCCUGUGGUAAAAACUGGGAAGGCAUUUUCCCCUCCUGGACCCCCCCAGUCUCAGGUGCUGCAGCUCUGGGCAGGAGCAGGGGUUAGGGUGAGCAGGGCAUAUCCCUCUUAUCCAGGUUCCCCUGCUGGGCCUGAGCCCUGUCCCUCACUGCUCACAGAUUCCUCAGGAAUCACAACCAAUUCAGGGGUGUCCAGGGACAGGACAAGGAGCAAUGGCCACAAACUCAAACUAGAAGUUCAACCCCAACAUGAGGAAGAACUUCAUUCCUUGGAGGGUGCAGUGCCCUGGAACAGCUGCCCAAGGCGGGCCUGGAGUGUCUCUCUCUGGAGAUAUCCCAAGCCCAGCUGGAUAAUUCCCUGUGUCCCCUGCUCCAGGUGACCCUGCCAGGCCAGGGGGUUGGGCUGGCUGAUCCCUGGCGGUCCCUUCCAGCCCCAGCCACUCUGGGAUUCUGUCACUCCCUGUGCUGUGAGGAUGCAGUUGUCACACGGCUGGCAGAGAGGCGUGCCUGUUCUGUCCAUCAUCCAAGAAGUUUGCACUGAUGUCACUUUUGGGGGAUGUCCCUUGUUUGCCAUCAGAUCUGGAGUGUCACAGGGAUAGCAUCUGAUGAGGAGGCCGACCUGCAGGGAAUGGAAUGG